AAUAGAAAGGGUGAAUCAUUUAUUCAUUGUUACGACUUGAAUCGUGAAAUAUCGAGGAAAUGGAAAUUAUUUUUUAUUUAGUAGAAAUGUAAAUGUGUUCAUAAAUAUGUAAGGCACGAAUGUUUGGCAAAGUUUAGUUCAAACCAUCAACAUUUUCCGCUCAACACUUAUCUGCUUUACAUUGACGCAUUUAUCUAAAAAUCACUAGUAAUGUAGUCCACUCAUCCGAAUUUGGCGAUAAAAGAUCGUGAUUGUGAAAAUGGCAACAACUUUGAUUGCUGUUUCGAUCACAGGAGUGGCUUGUGUCGGUUGCUUCGUUUGGGCUUUCUGUUUAAAGUACUGUUGCAAAAAUAGGCCUAAUCAAGCUAAUCAGCAGGAGGACGUUUAUAACAUAAGCAGUCGCGUGCAAGGACAAGAACAAGGACAAUGGCCAACACAUGAUAAUCAUGUCUCCUUAGAACAUUUCACGAUAAACGAAACAAACAAGUACAACGAUGAUCCUCCUACUUACGAAGAAGCAAUGAGAAUUGCUGCAGCCAAUAACAACAAUACUGCAGUAGCUGCUGUACCAAAAACGACUGUCACUCCCACUAGUACUAGUACUAGUACCGCGAACCAACAAUGAACUAAGUUUAGACUCAACCUGUAUAUAUUGUAUAUUUUCGAAAACCUUGUGAUAAGUGUGAGAGACUGGUUGUGAAUGUACUCGUUUCUGAUAUGUGAGGACUUAUUUUUAAGUGUAUGAGAAAAUCUCAGAAGAUUUUUUAAUAUAGUAUUAUAUUUAAAAUGAA